CUUCGUAAACAAGCUCCUCCGCCGUUCUUCUCUCUGCAACUUCAAUGAGCAUCUUUCACCCCCCUCCUCCGCCGUCCUCCUCCUCCGCCGUGAAGUGGCUCAGCCUAGUCUCCGCCGUCUGGGUCCAAUCCAUCGCAGGCAACAACUACACCUUCUCCAACUACUCCGCCGCCCUCAAAUCCCUCAUGAACCUCUCCCAACUCCAACUCAACAAUCUCUCCGUCGCCAAAGACUUAGGCAAAGCCUUUGGCCUCCUUUCCGGCCUCGCCUCCGACCGCCUCCCCCCCUCCCUCCUCCUCCUCAUCGGCUCCCUCGAAGGCCUUAUCGGCUACGGCGGACAAUGGCUCGUCGUCAGCAAAACAAUCAACCCCCUCCCUUACUGGCAGAUAAGUAUUUUUAUGUGCAUGGGAGGGAAUAGUAGCACUUGGAUGAACACCGCCGUGCUCGUUACUUGCCUCAGAAACUUCCGGCGAAACAUAGGCUCUGUUUCCGGCGUUCUCAAAGGCUACGUCGCUCUCAGCACCGCCAUUUUCACCGAUCUCUGUUUCGCCCUUUUCUCCAAUGAUCCCUCUUCCUUUCUCGCCCUUCUCGCCGUCGUCCCCUUCGCCGUUUGCCUCAUUGCCAUUCUCUUCCUCCGUGAAACCCCCUUCGCCGUCGAUAAUGAAACAGAGGAUUCCCAAUACUUCUGGGUCCUCAACGCUAUCGCCGUCGCCGUCGCCGUCAGUCUCUUGGCCUUUGAUUCGAUCCCCAAUCCCACCUCAUCCCUAUCGAUAAUUUUCUCCAUUGUGUUAUUGAUUCUACUCGUUUCCCCUCUGGUAAUCCCAAUUCACUCAUUCCUCAAGAACAGGGGCCGGUCCGGUGCGGCUGUAGAGGCGUUGUUGGCGGCUGAGGAAGUGGUGGAGGUGGAGGGAAAUGGGAAUCCGGUGAUAGGAGAAGAUCACACGAUUGUGGAGGCGAUGAAGACGGUUGAAUUUUGGCUUCUGUUUGUGUCGUUUUUGUUUGGAGUGGGUACCGGAUUGGCAGUGAUGAACAACAUGGGUCAAAUCGGAUUGGCUCUUGGAUACGACGACGUUUCGAGCUUCAUCUCUUUGAUGAGCAUUUGGGGUUUUUUUGGUCGGAUUUUAUCGGGAUCGGCGUCGGAGUAUUUCAUCAAGAAAGCAGGAAUGGCAAGGCCACUGUGGAACGCAGCUUCUCAAAUUCUAAUGGCAAUUGGCUGCAUUCUCUUAGCCAUUGGCAUGUCAAGUUCCUUAUACAUCGGCUCGAUCAUUGUUGGUAUCUGUUACGGUGUUCGUCUCGCCAUCAGUGUCUCGAUCGCUUCUGAAACUUUCGGGCUCAAAGACUAUGGCAUGAUCUACAACGUUCUGAUCCUCAACCUCCCACUCGGUUCGUGCCUCUUCUCGGGGCUGCUGGCCGGGAUUCUCUACGACAUGGAGGCGACAAAGACCGAGGAGGGUGGGAAUACGUGCAUGGGAGCGCAUUGUUACAGGCUUGUGUUUGUGGUAAUGGCUUGUUCAUGUGUGGUUGGGCUUGGCGUGGACUUGCUUUUGUUCAUUAGAACUAAGAGAUUGUACUCCAAAAUAAGAGAUGGAAGGUGAUAGGUUACCAAGGCCACUUUAAACGCCCUAUUUAAAUAAAUAAGACCGCUAUUGCAUGCGUGUCAUGAUGGAUCCAAUCUGUUAUUAACGUACUAAAAUGCGAAAAAUUGUCUAUUAAAAAGUUCAUUUC